CGGUGAACCACACAGUAAUUUCUGCUGCUGUGUUAGCUUGCUGAUCCUUCAAUACAGUCACAUACAAAAAAACCUUCUUCUCCAAUGUUUUUGGACCCUGUCGUCAUCUUGUCAAGAUUGUAAACUUUUCAGUGACACACGCAGAAAUAGGAGAAUAAGUCAGGAGGACUCCACACGUGUCUGGCAAGAUGGAGGCUGCUUCUUCCUGAGAGGAAGAGGAGAAAGAUGGAAAGCAUACACGCUCUCCUGUUGGAUGAGGAUGCCUGCAGUCUCCUAAAUGAACAUCAGCAAGCAGCGUUCAUCUUUGAUUGGCUCACCCGCCUAAAGAAGCUCCUCCCAUCCAGCGACAGGGCUGUCAUCAAGAAGAACCAGCGGCGGCUAGUAGACCAGCUCUCAGGUGUUCUGAUCGGCUCCCCCGGUCCGCCCACUCGAGGGCUGCUGGCCCACUGCCUGGCCCUGAUAUUUUGCCUCGGAGACCCCGUUCCGUCAAGUCUGCUGGUGGAGAGGUGUAAUGACAUUGUCCGCUUCAAAGACGACUCGCCGUCGGGCCUCCCCAACCGACUGGCGGCCGUGGCGUGUCUGGGUGCCAUGUUUGAGCAGCUGGGGCGGAUGCUCGGUGGUCUCUUCAAGGACACGCUGGCCCACCUAUUGAAAGCCAUGAAGAAUGCUGAGUCUCAGGGUCGUUGCGAGAUCAUGGCGAGCCUCGAGAAGAUGCUCCGAGGUUUGGGGGUCAGUGCUGCGUCAGGUCACCGGGAUGUCUACAAGGCGGCCAGGACCUGUUUGACGGACCGCUCCAUGGCGGUACGCUGCGCCGCCGCCAAGUGUUUGCUCGAACUGCAGCGGGAGGCAACGUUCCUGUGGACCAGCGAAAUGGAAAAUGUGACCACACUGUGCUUCAGGGCCUUUGAAGGCUCUGACCAUGACGUACGCGUGUCUGUGGCCAAACUGCUCGGAACUCUUCUGGCGGCGGCGUUGGAUCCCAGGAAUGACAGCGCUGCCUCCAAACAGAGUGGGCGGGGUCGCAGUGCCCUGGAGGAGGUGAUGGACCUGUUGUCAGGGGGGUUUGUUAGGGGCGGAGCCGGCUUCCUGCGGGUCAGCGGCGAUAUGUUAAAGGGGAUCAGCUCUGUGAGCAAGGAAGUGCGCAUCGGCGUCACCCAGGCAUGUGUGGUCUUUGUGUCCGCACUUGGCGGACCCUGGCUGGAGGCUAACUUCUCAUCAUUCCUAUCACUGCUCAUGGCGCUGGUGUCCAACGUCAGGGCCACACCAACGCCAGGCGACGCCGUCAUGAUGCGCCGCUGCGUCUCCUUCAUCCUCAGGAGCACCGUGGGCUCCCUCCUUGGCGAGAGGGCUCAGAGCAAUGUCGCCAGACACCUCUGCUUGGCCGUGGCGGCACAGAAACAAGCUUUUGAAGCAGCGUGGACUGAUGGGAAGCCGGAGAACAAAGUUUGUUCCGACAUCACUUCCAGUCAGCACGCGUUGAUCUGCUGUCUUCUGGAACUGGGAGCUCUGAUGCAAGGAUUGCGCUCCACCAUCGCCCCCCUCUUGAGUGACAGCAGCACAGCCUUCCUGGACUCCGUGGUCCCUGUUCUCCUUCACCCAAUCUCUUCGGUCCGACUGGCUGCUGCCUGGUGCCUGCGUUGUGUCGCCAUGGCGAUGCCAUCCCAGUGCUCCUUGCUGCUGAAUCGCUGCACGGAGCGACUGGCAGCCUUGAAGUCUUCCCCCGAGGCCGUGGCUGGCUAUGGAGCUGCAGUCGCCGCCCUGGUGGCUGCAGUGCAGCACUGCCCCCUGGGAAUACCGCACGCCAAGGGCAAGGUGGUUCUGGAUCUCGCCGAGGACUUGCUGCGUUCCGCCUCUCAGAACAGUCGUAUCUCUCUGCAGAGGACGCAAGCUGGCUGGUUGCUCGUCUCCUCUCUCUCCACUCUGGGUCCAGACGUUGUGGAUCAGCACCUCCCACGCCUCGUGCUCCUUUGGCGCUGCGUGUUUCCCGCGUCCCUCAGAGAGCAGGAGAUGGAGCUGAGGCGCGGGGACUACUUUACGUGGAAGGUUACACUGGAGGGUCGAGCCGGGGCGCUCUGUGCAAUGAAGAUGCUGCUGCUGCACUGCAAGGAGCUCGCCGCCGACGAUGUCAUCGGUCGUCUCCUCACGCCAAUCACAUGUGCUGUUGGCCUCCUCCCAAAACUUCCUGCUCUUAUCGGAUCGUACGGCGCUUGCGUUGGCGUCUGGACGCUCGUCUACCGGCUGCGAGUGUACGAGCUGCUCGCCAUGCUGCCACCGCACAUCUACCAAGAGAGUUUUGGUUUGGUGAUGAACCAGCUGGUGUCUGACCUUCUGGUGCUGGAGAACCUCAACCAGCCCUGCCCUGAGCUCACCUUCUUGCACGCCCUUUGUCACCGUGACGACAUGCCGCUGCUCGGCCCCACCUUCCAAGAAAGCGAGCACAGAUUCCUUGAGGAUCAGCUGCAUGUCGCAGCAGGCUCGCUGGAAAACGACCCCUUUGCUGUCUGCGAGGGAAGCGAGGAAGCCCCCGCUCCUCUUCUCCCCGCCACCGCCCUGACUGGUGCCGCCAUACACCUCUUCGGACUCCUUUUCCCGCACAUCAUCUCGGCUCAGAGAGUGAAGAUUCUAGAACAGUUUGUAGAGACCCUGAAACAGCUGAAGGGUCAGCGCCAGAAGACUGUCCAGACGCACGUGUGUGCCGCCAUCUGUAGUCUACUCAAGCACCCGGGCACCACCCAAGGCCUUCUGGGGUCGGAGGAGGCUCGUCUCCCGGUAGUGUCUCUCCUGAUGGCGGCGCUGGAAAGCUCCAGUCCUCUUCUACGCUGCGUGGCAGCUGAGGGCCUUGCUCGUCUUGUGCAGGUCGUAGGAGAUGCAGGCUUCACCGUGUCUGUGUCACUGCUCUGCUUGGACAGGCUAAAGACUGCUCGGGAUAGCGCUUCUCGCAGUGGCUGCUCUCUGGCACUGGGGGCGCUGCACCGCUACGUUGGAGGCAUCAGCUCGCCACAACAUCUCUCCACCUGUCUCGGAGUGCUCUUCACGCUGAGUCAGGACGGCACGUCACCCGAGGUUCAGACAUGGUCACUCCACAGUCUUGCCCUGGUGGUGGACCUAUCCCGUGGGCUGUACCACGCCCAUGCCAAUCCGUCCUUUGCGCUGGUGCUGCGACUGUUGCUCUUGGCUCCGCCCACCCACCCAGAGGUCCACUGCAGCCUCGGCCGCUGCCUGCACGCCCUCAUCACGUGCCUUGGCCCCGACCUGCAAGGGGAGGGGCCCGCUGUGACCGCGUUACGCUCCAGUUGUAUGGUGGCCUGUGGCGCCAUGCGGGCCACGCCCCACUGCCUGGUUCAGGCCUCCGCCAUUUCCUGCCUGCAGCAGCUACACAUGUUCUGCCCGCAACAUGUUCACCUGGCCAGCCUCGUCCCUGCACUCUGUGAGCUCUUAUUGGAACAUUCCAUGUUGGCAAACCUGUGCAGCUCCCAUCUGUGUUUGCGGCGGGCGGUGGUGGCGUGUCUGAGGCAGCUGGUACAGCGGGGGGCGCGAGAGGUGUGUGAGCUGGCUGUGGCGCAGUUCAAGGAACUGCAGAGACGAGAACACACACAAAUGGAUGUCACCAUCAAAGAAGUGGGCCUGGAAGGAGCUCUCGUCUCUCUGCUGGACCAGGAGUCUGACCCAGGACUCCGGAGUGAUAUCCAGGAGACUUUGGUACACAUGAUUGCGUCCAGCGCCACCAGUGGUAUGCUCCGACACUGGCUCAAACUCUGCAAGGAUGUCCUGUCUGCGUCUACCGAUCGGGGCGCUACAUUGGAGGCGGGUCAAGAAGACGAUGACCCCGUCCAGGACGACGACUCGUCUGUCUUCAGAGCCCGGGCCGAGUCCGCCGGCCCUUUCAAGGCGCUGCGCUGGUCCACGCGCUGCUUUGCGAUGGAGUGCGUGUGUCGCAUCAUUGCACUGUGUCAGAAAGACGACCCGGCUCACUUUGACUUGGCCUUGGCUCAAGACAGAUGCCUGAACACCUCCACCGACUUUCUGGUCCUUCACCUCGGCGAUCUGGUGCGCAUGGCAUUUAUGGCGGCAACGGAUCACAGUGACCAGCUGCGACUGGCGGGUCUGCACACACUCCUGGUCAUCAUUAGACAAUUCUCAGCCAUCGCAGAGCCCGAGUUUCCAGGUCAUGCGAUCCUGGAGCAGUACCAGGCCAACGUCGGAGCUGCUCUGAGACCAACGUUCAGUGCCGACGCGCCUCCCGAUGUCACAGCAAAGGCCUGUCAGGUCUGCAGCGCCUGGAUAGCGAGCGGCGUGGUCAGCGACCACCGCGAUCUCCGGCGCGUCCACGAGCUCCUGGCCAGCUCCUUGGCCAAGGUCCAGACAGGCGGGGACCUGUGCAGUCAACUUUACAAUGAGGCUGCCGUUACCAUGGAAACGCUGGCUGUUCUUAAGGCCUGGGCACAGGUUUACAUUGUAGCCGUCCAGAGGAGUUCACAGGAGUCAGACCCAGAUAGGACCGGUGGACCGGUUCUUGACGGCACCGAGUCCGAGUCUGUAGGGACGAGCCUGCUGGCGCUGGUCCACGCCGAUCUAUCCAAGCUGAGCCGCCUGUGGUUGGCGGCUCUGCAGGACUGCAGCACGUUGCUGCUCCCGCAGGAACAGACUUCCCAAGUACCUGACCCAGGAGGUUCCUUCUACACCGCAGAGACGGCCAACCAGACCGUCACUCACUUCUCGUCGUCCUGGGCUCCCAUCUUGCAUGCCACCUCGCUGUGGCUCCGCGGCACAGGUUUUGUCGUGUCCGACGAUGCCCCUGCCAACCUGUCCAGACCGGUCACACCCACCUCCAUGGGCCGCAGUGGCUCUGUGUGCGGGGCCAAGAGUCCAGAAGACAUCAACGUGGAGCGACUCCACCUAAUUCUUGGCCUCAGCGUGCACUUCCUGUGCUCUCCUCACUCCGAGGAACAGAUGGAGAACAUCACUUCCUGUUUGCAAGCGCUGCAGGCGCUGCUGGACGUCCCGUGGACGCGUGCCAAGAUAGCAAGUGACCAGGUGCUGAGUGUAGAACUGCUCAGCGUUCUCCACAGACUGAUGGUCACCAGAGAGGCGGCGUCCAUCCAGGCGUUGAUGUUGGACUUGCUAAGUCAGAUAGUGACGUCCACCCAGGAGCACAUCAGAGAAAAACGCCACAGUGCUGAAGUGGACGAUGGCGCAUCCGAGAAGGAGACCUUGCCAGAAUUUGGUGAGGGACGGGACACCGGGGGCCUGAUACCCGGACGCUCGCUGGUUUUUGGAGCGCUGGAGAUCUGCCUGUGCGUGCUGGUCCGCAAACUUCCCAAACUCAGUCCUAAACUGUCUGGAACCAGACCAACCGGUCCAGGGGGGACCCUGUGGGGUCUGAACAACAGCGAUUGUCACCUCGUGGCUUCGGCUUUGUGUGUCCUGUCUCAGCUGCCGUCCAUCUGCUCACCACAAGGAAGUGUGUCCAUCCUGCCGACAAUUCUCUACCUGCUCCUCGGAGUUCUCCGAGAGUCGGCGCUCCAACCCAGCACACGCACCGAACCACACACAUGUCCUCUACCGGAGAACCUGGAAGUGGGCUCAAAAGGCGGGGCAGCCAAAGGGCCCGGUGGGGUGAUCCACGCAGUUCUGCAAGCACUGAAGGUAGUGUUGACAUCAUCGAUGAGUCGCCAGGAGAAAAGCGGGGGAGCGUGGGAGAUGAUGCUGCGCUCUGCUCUCGGCACGCUACUGGACCUGUGGAACGCUGGGCCCAUUGGCGUGGAUCCCGUCAUCCUCCUCACAGCACUGACCGUCUUCCUCGUGUCUGCCGGUCCAAAUGUUUGUUUGGUGCAGCCGCUGCACACACUCAGUCUGCAACGCUUCUCCACCAGCAUGGACGCCAAGGACCCACGGGAGGCCACUCGAUGCUUUCAGUUGCUGGCUCUGCUCUUUCGAGCCCACCAGGAGGUUUCUGUCCCCUACAUUCGGGCCCUCGGACCGCCACUGCUUCGAUUCCUUCAGAAGGUGGAGCGGUGUCGUCCUCAGUGCCCAGAAGAGCUGCAGGUGGUUCUGGAGGGCGUCAGAGCCAUGGAGGUUUUGGUGCAGGCCGCUGCAGAGUCACAGCGUUCCUCAUUGGUGGCCAUCUUGUUCCCUCUGCUCAUCUCCUUCCUGCUGGACGAGAAUGCUCUGUCUUCUGCUCCUGCAGCGUCUCGCUCUCUCCAUGAGGCGGCGCUCAAGGACCUCAUGCGCCUGGGUCCCCAGCACUUGGACGUCUUCAGGUCUCUCAUCACAACUUGUCCUCACUUCAAGUCUCGCCUGGAAGCUGCCCUCAAAGGAACCCAGGAGAGCGCUGUGAAUGCUAAAGGUAGCAGCGCUAACUCUACCUCCCGCAGGGCAGCAAAGUCCUCUCCCAGCAUCACGCUCAAAACCAACUUCCUGUAACGUCAAUGACCCCUGCAGUAGGACGCAGGAUGUGACAUCUGUAUCCAAAAAUCUGUAGGUCACUGCCGUCAUUUGUUUUUAUUUGAUGACUUAAGACUCCAGUCUUACGCUCGACACAUCAUCCGUGGCCGCUCUGCUGCUUCUGCCUUCAGAGCUUUCCGUCUCGUGCGAUCAAUUCCACACAAAGUCAAUCACCACCAGGCUGAAAAUCGUGCUUGCUUGUAUUUGUACAGUAAAAGUGUGAGUGACAAUGCAAACACGGUAUGUCCAGUUGCACAAAACUACUGGAGUGGACUUGAGCUCAACGUGCAAAACAUCCUCAUCCUGUGUUAGCAAACACAAAACCACCAAAGUCUCCACUUAAUUCAGAAGGAAGCAGCCUGACGAAUUUUGAGCCUGCGGAUUUUGUAAUGAUAAAAACACAAACAAGCUCACAUCCGAUUUGUUAUAUUUUUGUAGCGGAAUGUAAAAUGUAAGCCUAAAAGGAACAUUUGACCAUCAGCACUUUACUACAUCAACAACACUAAUGUGUGAAUACACGAAUGUAAUCUUUUACACAUGAAUCAAAGUGGAAAACCUGACAAUAAAGCAUUGAAGAAACACUAAACGGAAAAUAAAGUGGUAAAGUCAAAGUUUUAUUUGCUUUCUGAUUACUUAGAAACUUCAUUUGUCUUACUUGACAUCACAUGCUGUGAAAUCUCACGAAAUCAGAACCUGUAAAUGUCCAAUACACGUGUUACAUCCAGUCAUGUCAUGUGACCUUGUCAGGUCUUACAAAUGUCAA